AUGCGGUUUUAUGCCGGAAAUCCCGGCGCAGGCCGCUCGAAUAGCGACGGCAAACUGGUGGACCCAGCGCUGUAUGGAUACAUCAGCAGGGGCGAGGACAGCCGGCUCCAGCAUAGCGAAACGGCACAGCGGGAGUAUUUCGACUGGAUUCUCGAGACUUUCAGGCAGGUGGAAAACAGCGGGCUGGCCGCCGUCGCGGAAUGUGCGGAGAAAAUGUCCGCGGACCUGGGCAUCAAAGGCAGCAGCGCCAGCUCCGAGCAGGUCUUGCCGAGCUUGCGCAAGUUGCGUGAGGCGUUGCUCCACAGCCCGCCCAGCGAGUUCUCGAAAAAAGUGCAUUUGUUCUCUGUCAGGGUCAGCUCGGCAGUGGGCCACUACCAGACAUAUGUGCCCAGCAUCCAGUACUUGCUAGCGGACGGCAGGAGCUUGCUCACCCGGACCGAGAGAAAAGAGAUGGCCAGCAUUUUGGUGCUUCACGUGACGCACCGGACGGGCGACACCAGCGAAGGGUUCCGGCUCUUUUUCCAGUACUUGAACCCGCACAAGGAGUGCCGCAUUUUGCAGGCCAUAGUGGCGUGGGCGCAGGGCGACUAUCACGCGUGGAUGGAGCUCUACAACUCCGAGAGCGACCACUCGGUGUUCGCCAUCAUGACCAUGGGACUCGCGACGAUGAUGCGCCACAUGAUCGAGUGCUUCAAUGGCGCGUACUACACGUACAGUCUCGAGGACUUGGAGAGGUGCUUGCCCAAGGGAGUCACGUGGGCCGAGUUCCGAGAAAGGUACAACGUGCCGUGGGAGCUUGAGGACAACACUGUGCAUAUCCGGAGGAGGCAGGUCCGCGGCAAGAGAGUGGACAAUGCCGAGAAAGGCGGCGGUGGUCUGCGAGGCGACGCCCGGCCGUUGCGGGAGGCGGGGCCAAAGGGGGGCCCGGGGGCUGUGUCUGGGGCGGAUCAGUAG